GCCACUCUCUCUUCGCUUCUUCGGAACUCUCUAGAAUCCCCACACUAUCCUCUUCCCCACGGCCCUUAAAAGCCCUUCUCUCUCUCCUCCCUCGUCCCCCAACCCUAACUCACACCGAACCCUAGUAUCUCCGUACCCCCAUUGAUCGCUUGUUGAGGUGUUCGAUCGAUCGAUCGAUCCAUUGGUUUAGCUCGUGAGACAUGGACGAGGACUUCGAUCUCCCCGCCGGCGAGGAGAUGAUGAACGAGGACAUGAUGGAUCUCGCCGACGAGAGCCCGAUGAUCAAGGUCGGCGAGGAGAAGGAGAUCGGGAAGCAGGGGCUUAAGAAGAAGCUCGUUAAGGAGGGAGAAGGGUGGGACACUCCCGAAGUAGGCGACGAGGUCGAGGUGCAUUACACGGGAACGCUGCUUGAUGGGACCAAGUUCGAUUCGAGUCGCGAUCGGGGGACUCCGUUCAAGUUUAAGCUCGGGCAAGGCCAAGUAAUAAAGGGAUGGGAUCAAGGUAUCAAGACAAUGAAGAAGGGUGAGACUGCUAUUUUCACCAUCCCUCCUGAAUUGGCAUACGGUGAAUCAGGAUCCCCGCCCACAAUCCCGCCCAAUGCUACUCUCCAAUUUGAUGUUGAGCUGCUCUCUUGGUCCAGUGUGAAGGACAUCUGCAAAGAUGGAGGAGUAUUUAAGAAGAUACUUAAGGAAGGCGAAAAGUGGGAGAACCCUAAAGAUCUGGAUGAAGUAUUUGUAAAAUACGAGGCUAGACUUGAGGAUGGAACAGUUGUAUCUAAAUCGGAAGGAGUCGAGUUCACGGUUCAGGAUGGGUUUUUCUGUCCUGCUCUGGCCAAGGCUGUGAAAACUAUGAAGAAGGCUGAGAAAGCGCUUCUUACCGUGAAGCCACAAUAUGGUUUUGGCGAAAAAGGGAGGCCAGCGAGUGGUGAAGAGGGCGCUGUGCCACCAAAUGCUACCCUUCAUAUUGAACUGGAGCUAGUGUCAUGGAAGACUGUUACACAGAUAGGAGAUGAUAAGAAAAUCCUUAAAAGGAUUCUCAAGGAAGGAGAGGGCUUUGACCGACCCAAUGAUGGAGCUGUUGUCAAAGUGAAGUUGAUUGGGAAGCUGGAAGAUGGGACUGUUUUUGUGAAGAAGGGUCAUGACGGCGAGGAGCCAUUCGAGUUCAAGACUGAUGAAGAACAAGUCAUUGAUGGUCUCGACAAGGCUGUGAUGACCAUGAAGAAGGGCGAGGUUGCUCUGGUUACAAUACCACCUGAGUAUGCAUUUGGCUCAACCGAGUCAAAGCAGGAUCUUGCAGUUGUGCCACCCAACUCAACUGUGAUUUAUGAGGUUGAGCUUGAUUCCUUUGAGAAGGAUAAGGAGUCUUGGGACAUAAAUAAUGCCGAGAAAAUUGAAGCUGCUGGUAAGAAGAAAGAGGAGGGGAAUGCACUGUUCAAGUUGGGUAAAUACGAAAGAGCUUCCAAGAGAUACGAGAAGGCUGCUAAGUUCAUCGAAUAUGAUAGCUCAUUCAGUGAUGAAGAAAAGAAGCAAUCCAAAGUGCUGAAGAUUACCUGCAAUCUUAACAAUGCUGCCUGUAAGCUGAAGCUCAAAGAUUACAAACAGGCUGAGAAGCUUUGCACCAAGGUGCUAGAGCUUGACAGCAGGAAUGUGAAAGCCCUCUAUAGGAGGGCUCAAGCUUAUAUCCAGCUUGCUGAUCUGGAUUUGGCGGAGAUAGAUAUUAAGAAGGCGCUUGAGAUAGAUCCCGAUAACAGGGAUGUGAAGUUGGAAUACAAGACUCUGAAGGAGAAAGUAAAGGAAUACAACAAGAAAGAUGCCAAAUUCUAUGGCAAUAUGUUUGCGAAGAUGACCAAGUUAGAACACAUCGAAGCCAGUAAAUCUGGAAGCCAGCCAGCGUCGAAACAGGAGACGGAGCCCAUGAGCAUCGAUAGUGCGGCCUAAUGGUGCUGAAACUCUGGUGUGCUUUCUAUGAUUUUCUCUAAUGAUUGGGCCCUAUCUUUUAGCUUUCCUAAGCUGUGUUUGUUAGAGAGAUUAAAAAAAAGAGUUGAGUACUGCUGCGUGGGUUCUUAUGGUAGCUUCUAACAAUAUGCUGAAAUAAUAACAUUAUUUUGGUAUUUUUGGAACUGAGAACUGAAAAUUUCUUGAUGGUUGUGAGUUUUAUCAGUUAGCUAACUUAAAAUCGUUCUGCUAUUACUCUUCAUUAAAGGAAUGUUGAUGUUUAUCAUUUUGAGUUUUUAA